AUGGUUAACUUUACAACAAAACAACCUCCUCUUGACCCUAUAACAGGGAAAGCUACCUCCGUUAAUCUAUUUAAUGCCUCUAGACCUCAUAUGCGUGCUCUUCAUUUCUCAUGGUUUUGCUUCCUUAUUGCAUUUAUGUCUUGGUUUGCAGUUGCCCCUUUAUUGCCUUCUAUUCAAACCGAUUUAAAAUUAACUUCUACAGAAGUAGGUGAUAGUAAUAUAGCCUCGGUCUCUUCAACGAUCAUAUUUCGUGUAGCGUCUGGUCCGUUAUGCGAAAGAUUCGGUUCUAGACGUGUUAUGGCCUCUUUACUUAUUAUAGGUUCUAUACCGACAGCACUUGUAGGCUUGGCACAAGGUCCCAGUUCUUUUACAGCCAUUAGAUUUUUUAUUG